AUGAUAGAAGAGAAAGUUUCAUAACUAGACUUUACUAAAUUAAAGAGAAACAUUAUUCAGCAAUAUAGGCCCGAGCAUAUCUGCGAAUUCAUUCUUGAAAUUCAAGCACUUCGAUCAUAACUUUUAGGUGAGAUUAAAGAUAAUCUAAAGAAUCAAAGAACUAUGCUUCAUCAAUCACAAACUCCAGGGGGUGAUGAAGAAACUACCAUUUCAAGAAGCAUAAUUGAUCAACAAGAUUCUGGAAUCUAAAAUAGUGAGAUUUAACUCGAUUUUAAUGAAGAUUUUAAUUAUGAAGUCUCUGUUGAGAUAGCUGAACAAAUGCUAAGACUAAAGAUUGCUGAGAAAAAUAAAGACUUAUAUACCGCAAUUGAGAACAAAUGCAUUUAAAUUGAAAAAGUCAUGAAGGAUAGGAUUAGCUAAGAAUUCAAAAAGUUGUUAUCUGAUAAAAAGCUACCUUUGUCGAAGAAAGAGGCUUCUUAGCUAGUAUUUUAGACCUAUGAAAUUAUUAAACAGACCAUUGAGCAAGAAUAUUUAAAGCAGAUUCAAGAGAUGAUGGGGGUUGAAGAUGCUUUAGCAGAUAAUGGUUUUAAGUAAUUUCUCUAUGGGCAUUAUAUCUACAAUCUUACUUAGGUAUUAGAUGAAGAAUCUAGCAAUUCUCUUUAGAAUCUGUUAUAAAUAAUGCAUGAUAUCUUAUACAAAUAAGCUAUAAUGGAAAGCAAGAAUAAGUUAGUCUGCCUCUUUGAUAACUUUACCAGAGAUGUGCUAUAUCCAAUAAUUCAUGAGGAUAAAUAUCUAGAUGAAUUAUCAAUCAUUCUUCAUUGCCUCUUCGUGUCAAAUUUGCCAUGCAGUACAAAGAGAUUUUAACAGAUUAAGGAAUUCAAUUAAAAUAUCUUAAACCACAUAGCCUCUAGCUAAAGAUUGAUAUUGGCAGAUUAAAUAGAAGCAUUUUAUCAAUAGGACUUUAAACUCAAGGAAAUUAAAGGACUGCAUGAGACUUGGAUAGAAAAUUUGCGAUAGAUUUCUGAUAGCUAGGACACCAUGGAUUAAUUGGUCAUUUUUACUUACUUAGCUGGAGCUGAUAUGAUUGAUUCUUCAGGGGAUAUUAAAUUCUAAAGACUUGCUCCAUAUAGACGAGAUAUCAUGAAGCGCUUUUUAAAGUCUUUGUACUCGAAGAUAUAGUCUGAGGAUGUCAGAGUCUUUAAACAUUAAUAGCUUAUCUAGUUGAUAGAGUAAAGAGUAUCUUUUCACCAGAAUCAAAUGAUUUAUCCACUUAAAGAGACCUCUGAUAAAAAUGAAAUGAGAGAACUUUUUGAGAUAGACUAUGAUAAUCUAGAUGUUUAAUAGCUUUUAAUGCAAAUUCACAGUGAUUAAGAAUCCUAUACUCAAAUACAUAACAGGAGAUUAAAUUUAAUUUAUCCAAAUGAUAUUGACGCUUUAGAAAGAGACAAAGUCAUUGCUACAAAAGCUAUGGUUCAUCUUAAUGAUUUGAUAAAAAAAUUUGAAAAAGUUCCUGUAUUAAGUCUCAAAAAUAUUGAUCAGAAUAAGGGAUUUUCAAAACACAUAAAGCUGGCAGUGUCUGGAUUUUUAAGUUAAGGCGAUGAUUUUACUGAAUAAUGGAAAGGCUUAGUCGACUAUCUUCAAGAUUAUGAUACCAGAUCUUUUGGAGUUCAGUGGGAAUCAAUUACCAUAAGCCAACUCACAACUGCUAUUGCUAAGCUUGCUGCAUCUAUUGGAGUCAACCUUGUAAUUGAUCUAUUUUAGCCCAGAGCAGUCAAUUUAAUCAUUCGGCUGAUAGCAAAGUUAGAAACAGUGAGAAAGCUAUCUCCAAUUGCGAUUGAAAUUAAUAAACUUUUUAACAAAGCAAAACAAAACGCAAAAGUAUGUGGAUAGAUGUUAGCUAUCUUCUUAGCCUUAGGUCAUCCUUUUAGUACCUAGUCAAUAUCUCUUCUUGGAUUUUCAUUAGGAACUUAGGUUAUCAAAUCCUGUUUGAGAUUACUUCAUAAAUUAGGUGCAUCUCACAUCAUUUAGAAUGUAACAUUGAUGGGUGGCGCUGCUGAUUUCAAGAAAGAAAGCUAAGAUUAAUGGGCAGAGAUUUUCAACAAUGUAGUUAAUGGUACCAUCAAGAAUUUGCACACAGGAAAAGAUAUAAUUUUACUAUUAUUUAUGGCUUCUCAAAAUCGCUAGGUAAUUUAAAGGUUUUUAAUUUUAUUAGGCUAUUGGAAGGAGACCAUACUUUAAAGAUUAUAAAUUUAACCUAAAGAAAUUGAUGAGAGAAAAGGAUAGUUAGGAUGGAGAUAAAAGUUCAAUCUCUAGGGAAAUGGUUUUCAGAUUUAAGAAUUACGAUAUAAGUGA